UAUGCUUGUAAAUCUUGUGGCUUGUGUUCUAGUGUAUAUGUGUGUGUAUGCAAAACAAAAAAAUAAACAUUUUGUAACUAAUUUCGAGUGUAUGAGAGGUCGCUGAUUAAAUUAACUUUGAUGUAUCUCUUUUACCAUCAAGACUAGUAUAUUGUUAAAUUAUAAUAAAUAAAAGUAUUCAAAAACAUAUAAACAACAUAGGAGAUAAAAUAUAUGCAUUUAUACAUAUUUUUUAAUGUUGUACGUCUUGUAGUUUGAACAAAGAUAUACAUGAAAAUGACAGUUCCCUGACGCCAUUAAAUUCAAUUAUGUUGUCAUAAAAUUUAUUUCAAAAGUGAUUUAUUAAGCUAAAAAUAUGUAAGAACCAUAAUAAAUUAAAAUAACUUGAAAAAAUGAACUAGAAUGUAAAGUCAAACACUAUGCCUGGUGGAAGACGUAAUGCUGCUAGUAGAAAUGGACAGAGUAAAUCCCAAGCUAACUUCUCUGUAUCUUCAAAUAUUGGUAUACGAAGUAAUAGUGGAGAAAGAACAGCUGGAAAUGGUGCAGAUGAUAAAAAAUCAGAACUUUGUGGAAUGAAAGCAUUAGUACCAAAACAUGUACCUAUACCAGUUGUACCUGUGGAUGGUCAUUUAACUUUUGAAGCUUUGUCUUUAGUUGUGUCAAUCAUUGCAGCUUCUUUACAAAUGCUUAAUUUGUAUAGAACUGUUUGGUGGUUACCUCAUUCUUAUAAUAAUUAUAGUAUGAAUUUCUACUUAAUAGAUCCUUAUUUGCUUGUAUUUAUUAUAAUUAUGGUUGCAAGGCAAUUUAUUUAUUCUUUAUUGCAUCGAGUUAUUGAUGUUUCAUCACCAGUUCGUUGGUUACCUACUGCUCAAAAAAUGAUGAGGAUAACUUUACUAAUCAUUGUGAUGAAUAUAUUAUGCUGGUGCCUUUACCAUAUGGCUGAACGACAUAACUCAAUGAAGAUUUUUUACUUAUGUUAUCCAAGUUUAUCUGUAUAUUUUGUAAUGUUUGGUAUAAGUGCAGCACCUUUCUUUGAUAUAUCAACACCUUUAUAUGGUAAAGAUGAAAAGAAAACAAAGUUUCUGAUGGACAAACCUUUACAUAAUUGUUCAUUAAAUGCAUCAGCAAUUAGAGCAGAAGUUUCAACAUUAAGGUCCGAUUUCAAUCGGCGUUUGAAACGAGCUUUGUUUGCAUCUUCUAGUAGUGCUUAUGUAUGUGGUAUUGCACCUAUUAUAUUUGUACCUCAACAUCUACAUUUUAAUAUUUCAUGGGUUGUGCAACAUGUUAUUAUGUUUUGGCUAGAAAGAAUAAGUGCUCACUUUUCACAUGCUUAUCCUGUCAGGUACUGUGAUGUUUUACAUAGAGCGGCAUUACACCUAGGUCGAUGGGUUAAAAUUGAAAAUCGCAAUAGUCAUACUUAUGCCCAAGUGUGGAAUGAUUCUAUUCUGUGGCCUCAUGGUUCAGUUGUGAGACAUAAUAAAGAAAUCUAUCGUUCUGAAGGGUUCUGUACUGUAGCAGAACCAGGAAAUUCAAAUCAUUACAGAUUUUAUGCUUUAUUUAGUAAUCCUACAAUGUUACUUUGUUCAAUAUUGGGCUUGCAACUUCUUCUUGUUUGUGCACAAUUAUUUAUUCUACUACGCACAACUGAUUGGUAUCAAGUGUUAUCAAUAACAUUGCUUCUUGUGAUCAACUAUUAUACUUUAUUUAAAGUUACUAGAGACUAUCUUAUUUGUUGGAAAGUAUAUCAUGCAGAACAAAUAAUACAAGAAAAGUCGCAAAUGAUUGCAAAUUCUACUGUUCAAUAAAUGAUUAUUGAACAAA